GACACGUGGCAAUCACGAUCUCUGUUUAUAUUACGUGGACAAUUUCGCCACUCACUCUUCCUCUGCCACUCUCAGUUUUGAAUCAUUCACACAUUCAUUUGUGAAUGACGUACAAAUCCCUUAAAAAAAAAAAAUGACGUACAAAUCCCUAGAGUCAAUUACCAAAUCCAACAUCGAAGCUUUAGGUAUCUCCGGCGAUGUCUCGGAGAAGCUUCUCAAAGAUCUCCACGAGAUUCUCCGUUGUUCCGCCACGCCGGUCGAGACGUGGGUUCAGGUUUCUCGGCGGAUCUUGCAUCCUGACCUCCCUUUCUCUUUUCACCAGAUGUUGUAUUACGGCUGCUACAAAGAUUUCGGACCCGACCCACCCGCUUGGAUACCCGACCCGAAGGUUGCUUCUUCAACUAACGUAGGCAAGUUACUAAAAAGGCGUGGCAAAGUGUUGUUAGGUGAUGAUUACAAGAACCCUGUUUCAAGUUUCUCGACUUUUCAAGAAUUCUCUGUCUCACAUCCUGAGGUGUAUUGGAAAAUUGUGCUGGAUGAGUUAAACAUAGUGUUCUCUGUAGCUCCUAAGUGUAUAUUAGAGAAAGAUACAUCUGGAGUGAAUCCUGGAGGUAAUUGGCUUCCUGGUGCUUACUUGAAUCCUGCUAGAAAUUGUUUGACUCAUGGUUUCAAGAGAAGAUUGGAUGAUGUUGUGAUUCGAUGGCGUGACGAAGGCAGCGAUGAUCUUCCUGUUAAUACCAUGACGCUUCUCGAGUUACGAUCACAUGUCUGGUUGGUUGCACAUGCUCUUAGUGCUUUGGAUUUGGAGGAUGAGUCAGCGAUUGCAGUUGAUAUGCCUAUGAAUGUUGAGUCUGUAAUCAUAUACCUUGCCAUUGUCUUAGCUGGCCAUGUGGUUGUUUCCAUUGCCGAUAGUUUCUCUCCCCGUGAGAUAUCUACACGGCUUAAAAUUUCAAAAGCUAAAGCCAUAUUUACUCAGGAUGUGAUCAUUCGUGGUGAUAAAAGUAUUCCCCUCUAUAGAAGAGUCGUUGAUGCAGAAGCACCUCUGGCAAUUGUUGUCCCAGCUAGAGGCUCUAACUACAGAACACAGCUGCGUGAGAAGGAUUUGUCUUGGAACAAAUUUUUGGGGAAUGCAAGAAGUUUGAGGAACACUUAGAGCUUGCUGUUCCAAAUUCCUGGAGAUUUAGAAAUGAUAUAUGCUAUACUG